AUUCGCACGCUUCGCUGCAGAGGACAAUGUUCCUCCAUCAGUCGCGACAAGUCACUGCUAUCCGCGCUUAAUAUGUUGACCAAAAACGCACGGGAUCAAUUUAGAAUGUCACUGCUGUGAGUCAGUUGCCAGCUUGCAUGUAGAUACUGAAAAGAGAUUGCAUAUUUCUGCGUGGUUACGCUCUGUGUUUUAUCAGUAAUCUCUUUUGUUUGCUUUAGAUCAAUUUAAGUAUAAUCCAAUUUCAAAAUACUCAAGAAGAUGGGUUGGACGCAUUACCAAAAAGGACUUGCCAUAAUGAUGGUAGUCACUGGCUCUUUUAAUACUCUUUCUGUCAAAUAUGCAGAUCGUCAAGUAGUUGCCGGUGAUGAUGGAGAACUACGACAUUUUACUCAUCCUUUUAUGCAGUCUUCCUUUAUGUUCAUAGGAGAGAUGAUGUGUUUGUUAGUAUUUAAAAUAGCAUUCUGUUAUUAUAGUCGUUUGGGGAAUGGCACUGUGGAUACGAGUAACUUAACUAAAGGAUCACGCACCUUUAGUCCUCUUAUUCUGUUUAUUCCAGCAGCCUGUGAUAUGACUGCUACUUCAAUGAAUUACAUUGGCUUGAAUAUGACUUAUGCCAGCAGCUUCCAAAUGUUACGUGGGGCAGUGAUUGUUUUUACAGGACUUCUGUCAGUAGGAUUUUUAAAUAAAAAAAUGGGAACAAGAGAGUGGACAGGAAUCAUCUUUGUUAUUUUGGGAUUGUUAUUGGUUGGACUCAGUGAUUUUAUCACUAUGAAAGAUCAAAAAGUCAAUACAAACUCUGUCUUAACUGGUGAUUUACUUAUAAUUACUGCUCAGAUAAUAACAGCAGUUCAAAUGGUUGUGGAAGAAAAAUAUGUAGCUGGUCAAGACAUUCCACCAUUACAAGCAGUUGGAUGGGAAGGUGUUUUUGGAUUUAUUGGAAUAGGACUUCUUAUGAUCCCAUUUAAUUAUAUUUCUGCUUCUCCUCCAUUUGCUGAUAAUCCCAGAGGAACACUGGAAGAUACUGUUGAUGCUUUUGUACAAAUUGGCAAUAGUGGACGUUUAUUAAUGGCAAUAAUUGGUAUUAUGCUGAGUAUUGCGUUUUUUAAUUUUGCUGGUAUCAGUGUUACAAAAGAAUUAAGCGCAACCACUAGAAUGAUUCUUGACAGUGUAAGGACAAUAGUAAUUUGGGCCUUCUCAUUAGCGUUCCAGUGGCAAAAGUUUCAUUAUUUACAGUUAAUUGGCUUUUCGAUUCUUUUUAUUGGAAUGUCUUGUUAUAAUAACGUCGUUAUUCCACAACUUGUAAGAAAGUGCCAAUGUCGACUAGGACGUCAUAACCCACCAGCAGAUGAAGAACGUGUUGUCAACACAGCAGCUGACGACUUGGAAGAAACACGUUGAUUGCGAAAUGCAAUACUUAUUUUAAAAAUAAAACGACUAAAUACUAUCCAAUGGUGCUUUUUGCGCGCUGUACCUUAGAGCUCGUUUUUACGGCUUAUAUAUACACGCGCACAGUACAAUAAUCAAUCUCUUAAAAAAAAACAAAGAUCUCUAGAAAACUUUGAUAAAACUAUAUUGAUAACAAUCUCGUAAUGAUCGUACCGUAAUUAUGAUCAACAAUAACUAUGUCUGUAACUGCCAGGAUUGCCAGAUCGCUUAAUUAAUUAUGUUAUGCUAUCGUCAUUCAGCGAUCAUUUGACACUGUAUAGGCAUGAUCAUAGUUUACUAUAAAUCAGUUGCAGCAAUUACAAAAUUAUUAUCAUUAUGAUUUUAUCGAUAUUUUUAAGGAAUUAUCCGGUUAAAAAAAAAUUUGAAAACAUUCGCCGCCGUGAAAACGAGCCCUUUAACAUUGAUUCUAUUUUGUUAAAAGAAAAAUAUUUUUUUAUAAAAUCAGAGAUUUUUACCGGGAACUUCAGACUAGAUAAAUUCGGGGAAUGUGUGAAUAUUUUAAUGUAAAAUUACUUUAUUACUACUGGAUGUUUAUGAUCUGACGAUUGAAUAAAUUGAUAGAAUAUUUAAUAAACUUUUAUAAUCAAAAUACAUUAUGCAGUAUAAAAAUUUUUAUUUAACGUUUCUAAAAUAACAUUAUACAUAUGGUCUUUUGAAUCUAUACAUAGAAAAAUAUUUGAAUCAUGUAAGACAAUCAUUUAUUGAAAAUCAGUGUAUGCCUUUGAAAAAUUGGAUAAAACAAAAAUAUAAUUAAAUGCAAAAUUAAAAAAAGGUUAACAGUUGAAAAAGUUAAAUUUUUAAUGAUUUUUCAAUAAAAAGUUGUAUCACAUGCCCAAUCUACAUAUAUCACAUUACGGUAGAUUAAACUUAAAAAUUUGGUGAUUACUCAUUUUUUUUAUGAUUAAGAAUAAUUUUUAAGUCUAAUUAUUUAACGUAAAAAAUUGUUUGGUACGAGUUCGUCAAGAUCAAACUUAUCAAUUAACGGAAUUGUUACCACAUGUUUUCAAUUUAUUUAUAUUUUCAGUUUGUACUUGGUAAAUAAAAUAACUUAAAUUUAAUUAGUAACAUUCGUGUCAAAUGUUGCUAA